AUGGCCGGGCGUUGGAAUCGUGAAGUUUUUAUCCAGGUCGAGCAAGCCUCAGCAUUGUUUGGAACAGCCCGAGCUAUGCAUAUCGCCGGGGAAAUCUAUGCUAGGAGUGCAACACGCGAUACUAUGAUCCUGGUCAACCCUUGUCGUGCAGCCAAGUUAAGCGAGUACGAAUCACAAUUGCCGGCCACCGUUCCAGUCGUGACGGUGCACAGCAGAGGCCAUGUAGUGCGCUUUGCCCGUCGAACAGUACCAGCAGAAUAUUACGAUCGAUGGAUCAUUGUCGGGAUGCACAACGCCUGGGACGAACAUUCACGGCAGGUCACUCACUUCAACGUAAUCUAUGAGGCUUCAAUUGAGCUUGUGGCAGACAUAGGCGUGAGCAAGUUCCGGCUUGGCAACAUUGUAAAUUUCAGCGGCGUUGUCAGGCACUACUUCUGUCGCAAUGGAAAAUGGGUCGUUGAGCGAUUCACAGGCGCCCAUGUUCCAGUAUUGAGUGGUAACGCUGGUCCAAAUUAUGAGUUCCCGGUACCUUAG